AGUGAUCCCAACUGCCGAAGCAAACUUCAGUUUACUUUCCCUUCUUUCUAAUUCAAUUUUCCAGGAAAAUAAUAUCCUGACCUUUCGAUAUUCUCCAGAGGAAAUUUCUCAAGCAGAGAGAUAAGAAGAAAAAAAGGAGGAAAUAAUUGAAGUCGAAAAAGCUACCUAAACCGAUUGUGCAGCUUGAACAUACUCCUAAAGUUGAAACUCUACGAUCAUGAAGUCCAGUACGUCACCUGCACGUUGCGUUUAUAGGAUCAUCAAGUAGAAUUUAUUAUAUAGUUCUACUCAAUGGGAUGGAGAGGGGUUUUCUAUUCGCUGUUUUUUCUUCUCAAACUGGUUGAGUCCUAUGGUGGAUCGGGGAAAAUGUGGUUGCUUAACUUGGGUGCCGAGUCAACAAUAUUCUCCAGCUGGCCAAUCUUCAGCGCAAGUGUAUUUGUAGCUGUUGCUGUUGUGCUCUCCAUGUAUUUGAUAUUUGAGCAUUUAGCUGCUUAUAACCAACCAGAGGAGCAGAAGUUUCUAAUUGGUCUCAUUCUGAUGGUUCCUGUCUAUGCACUAGAAUCGAUUUUGUCGCUUUUGAAUUCGGACGCUGCAUUCAACUGUGAAGUAAUUCGGGACUGCUAUGAGGCUUUUGCAUUGUAUUGCUUUGAGAGAUACCUGAUAGCCUGCUUAGGUGGUGAAGAAAGGACAAUUGAGUUCAUGGAAAGUCAGAGGCUACUAGAUUCCAGCACACCUCUUUUGAAAGAUGCUUAUACUUAUGGAGUUGUAGAACAUCCUUUUCCGCUAAAUUUUGUCCUAAGAGAUUGGUAUCUUGGUCCUGACUUCUAUAAUGCUGUGAAAAUUGGCAUCGUUCAAUAUAUGAUCCUGAAGAUGAUCUGUGCACUGCUAGCAAUGAUUCUAGAAGCUUUUGGGGUUUAUGGGGAAGGGAAGUUUGAGUGGAAUUACGGCUAUCCAUACUUGGCAGUUGUUCUUAAUUUCAGUCAGACAUGGGCUCUAUAUUGCCUUGUACAGUUCUAUACCGUUAUUAAGGAUAAAUUGGAACCAAUUAAACCCCUGGCUAAGUUUUUGACUUUUAAAUCUAUUGUAUUCCUGACAUGGUGGCAAGGCAUUGUCGUUGCAUUUCUUUUCUCCAUGGGAUUUUUUAAAGGAUCUUUGGCUCAGGAGCUGCAAACACGUAUUCAGGACUAUAUCAUCUGUAUAGAGAUGGGUGUUGCUGCUGUGGUGCACUUGCAUGUCUUCCCAGCAGUACCUUACAAACGAGGAGAACGAUGUGUUCGUAAUGUAGCUGUGAUGGCAGACUAUGCCUCAUUAGGAGCACCUCCUGAUCCAGAGGAGGUUCGUGAUUGUGAAAGAUCAACUAGAAUGCGCCUGGCUCGGCAUGAUGAUCGAGAAAAACGUUUGAAUUUCCCCCAAAGUGUCCGUGAUGUAGUCCUUGGAAGUGGUGAAAUUAUUGUUGAUGACAUGAAGUACACCGUAUCGCAUGUUGUAGAACCAGUCGAAAGGGGAAUUGCAAAAAUAAAUGAAACCUUCCAACAGAUAUCCGAAAAUGUGAAACGCCACGAGGAACAGAGGAGGAGCAUCAAGGAUGAUAGUUAUCUCAUCCCGUUGAAUUCAUGGACGAGGGAAUUUUCUGAAGUUGACGAUAAUCUUGUCGAAGGCAGUGUCAGUGACAGUGGUCUAUUCAUUGGGAGAAGACAGCAUCACCUAUUGAAAGCCUCGGCAUCUCGAACUAAAACUGGCAGAUAAUGUUCACAGCUAUAUUUAUAUCUUGUAAAUACGCACAACUGAAAUUCAUAUUGCACCACUCGGUGCGGCAUGAUUUUUCGUUGCCGUUGCUGAAGAGUUGGUGGCUGUGGGGGGUAAGGCAUCAAGGGGGUCCUAAGAGAAUUGUUAAUUGGGAAAGGGUCGAUUGAGAGACCAAAAAAAUGAUGGCCAAUUGGCCAAUAGUCCAUCACACCUAUGUUACUGUUA